ACAUGACCGAAUUUUUGAGACUAAAAAAAAUUUAGAGAGAUGUGAUGCUUCUUAAAAAAAAGAUGCUAAAAGAUGGCAUCAGAGGUUAAGAUUUGAUACUUUAGCUACCUAUUACAAGUCCAACCACUGUUCAGAAUAUCUUGAGAGAUGGAAUCGCAGCAGUCUAAUAAGACUCACAGGGGAAGCAAUCCUAAGACCACAGCCAAAAAGAAAUUGCAUCAAGAUGGUCAAAAUAAAAAGGCUUUUGCUUUCAAUGCUCCAAGAAAGUUAGAAAGAAUGGCAAGACGUUCUCAUGAUGUAAAUGAAAGAAAGUUACAUGUACCUAUGGUGGAUAGAACUCCAGAUGAUGAUCCACCUCCUGUCAUAGUUGCUGUUGUUGGACCUCCAGGAACAGGUAAAACCACCUUAAUAAAAUCGUUAGUAAGAAGAUUAGCUAAAACUACUUUAACAGAAAUUAAAGGACCAAUCACAGUAGUAAGUGGGAAAAGAAGAAGAUUAACAUUCCUUGAAGUUGGAAAUGAUUUAAAUUCAAUGAUAGAUGCUGCUAAAAUUGCCGACUUGGUGUUGUUAUUAGUGGAUGGUAAUUAUGGUUUAGAAAUGGAAACUAUGGAAUUUUUAAAUAUAGCUCAACAUCAUGGUAUGCCAAGGGUAUUGGGUGUAUCAACUCAUUUAGAUUUAUUUAAAUCACAAUCUACUUUAAGAACUUCAAAGAAAAGAUUAAAGCAUCGUUUCUGGACUGAAGUUUAUCAAGGUGCCAAAUUAUUUUAUUUAUCUGGUGUUAUAAACGGAAGAUAUCCUGAUAGAGAAAUUUUAAAUUUAACUAGAUUUAUAUCUGUUAUGAAGUUCAGACCAUUGAAGUGGCGUAACGAACAUCCAUAUUUAUUAGCUGAUAGAAUAACAGAUUUAACUCAUCCUCAAGAAAUUGCUGAAAAUUCAAAAUGUGAUAGAAAAGUAGCAGUUUAUGGUUAUUUACAUGGUGUACCAUUACCAUCACAAGACACUCAUAUACAUAUAGCUGGUGUUGGAGAUUACUUUGCUCACUCCAUAGAAAAACUCCCAGAUCCAUGUCCAACUCCUUAUUUCGAACAACGUUUAGAUGAAAUAGAAAGAGAAAAGGCAAAAGCUGCCGCUGCUGAAGGUCAAGAAGUAGCCAAGACAACCAGAAGGAGGAAGAGAUUAGAAGACAAACAAAAGAUCAUCUAUGCUCCAAUGUCUGAUGUUGGAGGUGUUCUUGUUGAUAGAGAUGCAGUCUAUAUUGAUGUUGGUGCCAAAGAAGCAUUUGAUAAAGAUAAUGAUGAAUUAGGUGAAGGUGAAAAAUUGGUUACUGAUUUACAAGAUGUACAAAAGACUAUGCAGGAAAGACUUGAAGAAGGACCAGGUUUGCAAUUGUUCUCAAGUUCUAAAGCUCUUAAUAACGUAGAAAGUAAUGGAAAUGAUAGUGACCACGAAGGUGGAUUGUUAUCUGAUUUAGAUGAUGAUGAAGAUGAUGAACAAGAAAUCGGUAAAGUUAACACUGGUAGAAAAGCUUUAAGAAGACCAAACAUCUAUGGUAAAUCCAUCAAUGAAGACGAUGAAUUUGAUGAUGAAUUAUCUGAUGAUGAAGAUGAGGAUCAUUAUAACUCAGAUGACGAUAAACCUGAAAUGGUAGAAAUCGAUUUUAAUAAUGACUCCAGAAAAUACAGAGAUGAUGAAUUGGAAUAUGUUGAAGAUUCAUCUUUAUCCUCUGACGAAGAAACUGGAUAUGCUGAUGUGGCUGCCAGAUUGAAGGGAUCUGCUAUUAGAAAGUGGGACAUUAACAAGUUGUUAUAUUUAAAUAAUAUUGAUCCAAGCGAUGUCAUAAAAAGAUGGAGAGGUGAAAACGAAGAUGAUGAAGAAGAAGAAGAUAUCGAGGAUGAAGAAGAAGAAAACUUCUUCACUAAGAAAAAUUCAAAUGAUGCAUCUGCGGACUUGGAUACCUUCCAACCAACCUACCCUUCAAUUGAAAUUUUGAAACAAAAGUUCAGUUCUGAAACUGUUGAAGAAGAAAACAGCGAUGAAGAGUAUGAAAAUGGUUAUAAAUCAUUGAAAUCUAGAUUCUUGGUUGCUCCAAAAUUGAAUAGUAAUGAAGACGGUGAUGAAAAUGACGAAGAAGGAGAUGACAAUGAAAAGGAAGACCUUUAUGGGGAUUUCGAAGACUUGGAAGACGAAGAAAAUGAAUCCAAAUCCAAUGGCAAAAACGACGAAGAAGAUGACGACGAAGAUGAAUUUGCCGACUUUGAUGCCGAGGAAGAAAGAGCCGAUCUUGGAUUGGAUGAAAAGUCCAACGACGAAGAAGAUAUAGACUAUGAUAAUUUAACCACUGAAGAAAAGAGAAAAUUAAAUGCUGAAAAGAAGGCCAAAUUAAAGAUGCAAUUCGAAGAAGAAGAAGAUCGUGAAUUUGGAGCAGAUGAUCCAGAAGGAGGUGAAGCCGAAACUUGGUAUGAUUUCCAAAAGAGUAAAAUGGCUAAACAAUUGGAGAUUAAUAAAACUGAAUAUGAAGAUAUGACACCUGAACAAAGAAUAAAGAUUGAAGGUUAUAGAGCCGGUUCUUAUGUUAAGAUUGUAUUCGAGAACAUUCCUUGCGAAUUCAUUGAUAACUUAAAACCAGAAUAUCCAAUAGUAUUAGGUGGUUUACUUUCAACUGAAUCUAGAUUCGGUAUAAUGAAUGUCAGAAUCAGAAGACAUCGUUGGCACAAAAAGAUCUUGAAAUCUCAAGAUCCAUUAAUCCUUUCCCUUGGUUGGAGAAGAUUCCAAACCUUACCAAUAUAUACCACUUCUGAUUCCAGAACUAGAAAUAGAAUGUUGAAAUAUACCCCUGAGCAUGCUUAUUGCUUUGCUUCAUUCUAUGGUCCAUUAGUCGCUCCAAAUACUACCUUUGUUGGUUUUAAUAUUAUUGAUAAAAAAUCCACCACUGGAUCUUUCAGAGUUGCUGCCACUGGUAUCGUUGAAGAUUUAAAUUCUUCAGUUGAAAUUGUUAAGAAAUUAAAAUUAGUUGGCCAUCCAUCUAAGAUUUUCAGAAAUACAGCAUUUGUUAAAGAUAUGUUCUCAAAUGGAUUAGAAGUUGCCAAGUUUGAAGGUGCGUCUAUUAGAACUGUUUCUGGUAUCAGAGGAGAAAUAAAACGUGCAUUAUCAAAACCAGAUGGUCAUUUCAGAGCUACAUUUGAAGAUAAAAUUUUGAUGUCUGAUACUAUAUUCUUGAAGACUUGGUACCCUGUUCCAGUCAAGAAAUUCUAUAAUCCUGUUACUUCGCAUUUGUUAGGAGAUCAUGACCAAUGGAGAGGUAUGAGAUUAACUGGUCAAGUAAGAGCCGAAAACAAUAUCGCAACCCCAUUACUCGCGGAUAGUGCUUAUAAGAAGAUAGAGAGACCUGAAAGAAGAUUUAAUGCUUUGAAGGUUCCAAAAUCGAUCAAGAAAUCAUUACCAUUCAAAUCACAAAUUCAUCAAAUGAAGCCACAAAAGAAGAAGACAUAUAUGGCAAAGAGAGCUGUUGUUGUUGGUGGCGAAGAAAAGAAAGCCAGAGACUUGAUGCAAAAGAUUGCAACAGUUAGAAAAGAAAAGGAUACUAAGAGAAAAGAAAAGAAGAGUGAGAAGUUCAAAGAAAGACUUAAGACCAUUGCUAAGAAGGAAGAAAUCAGAAAGGACAAGGAAAAAGAACGUAAGAAGGAAUAUUUCCAAAAAGAAGGUAAAAAGAGAUCACUUCCAUCAAGUAACGCUAAUGCCUUUGGUAAGAGACAACGUUCAUAAAAGUUUUACAACAGGUUAUAGAAUAUUAAAUUACAUAAUAUGU